GCUAGGUGUUAGAGGCAGGUCUACCUUUAUACUACCUGUUUGUCUUUCUCUACCUGAAAUUUUAUCAAGUCGGAUAAACACUGCUUUAUGACCAGAUUCUGAAUGUGGCAAUGCCCCUUUACCAGGGAAUAUCGAAUAUUCGCAGAGUGAUUAGGAAAUUGUUUGUUGUGUAAACACAAUUUAAUGACUGGUGGUGCUUAUCCGUUAUAGACAGUUGACAGUUUGAAGACAUUUGUUGGUCUAUAUUACAGAAAAAUCAUCACCGCUAAUUUUUAUAACAGAUGUAAAGGUAUUUAUAAACGUAAACUUAUAACAGCAAUAUCCAUUAGAGGCGUGUGCUUCAUGUUCUAUAGGUAAAUGAAAUAAACUGGUCGAUUUUCACUGAAUACAAAUGGACCGUCAGUGGUGAAAUUCCGCUAUCUUAUCUGGCAGCAGUUAUUGAAAAGUUUUAACCGUGUUCAAACAUGCAAAUUAUCUUUUUCACGUCACAAGGAGCAAACCUAUUGGACAAUCCCGCCGUUUGAUAUAUGGUGCUUCAAUUUCACAAAUACACAGGUGAAAACAAAAAAAAGUGCAAGUGGCUCUAGACUGGAUUUGAAAAGUGGAGACUUUAAGACAUGGCGAUGAAGGAUAAUACAACUCGGGAACUUUAAGAAAAAUUUACUGUGUCCAUCAGUCAUAAACUAUGUGGAGUGCUACCAAAGUUCGGGCCCGGAUCACGGAAACUGACCCCGUCUUCAAGGCCCGAUACAUCGGCUGUGCCGAGACUUUUACCGCGAGUGGUCAAGGCUGCACCACGGGGCCGGUACAGAAGCUCUGGGAUAACGCCGGGGGCGAAAAAGAGCUGAAAAAAGUGACCAUCGUCAUCAACACGGGCGGCAUAACCAUCAAAGGAUCCGAUAAGAAAAAAGAACAGGGGAAGUUUUAUCCCAUAGAGACCAUUUCAUUUUGCAAUGCGGACUUAGCUAUCAAUGAGCGCAUCUUCUGCUGGAUUUGUAAGGAUUCCGAGUCUCCGUCGUUACAAUGCCACGCUGUGAUUUGUGGAAGCAAAGAGGAGGCAAAAUCCAUGUCUCUCGUAAUGUCUCGGGCCUUCCAAAUAGCUUACAAAGAAUGGAAGACUUCCAAGGUUCGCGAGGAACGCGAAAGCAAAAAAAUCCGUACUAAGGAUGAAAUUAAAGGUAAACAGUCAAGUUUCCGGAAGGAUUCGGACUCUAUACAUAGUAGUGAAUCCGGAUCUGAUACCCAAGCAGUUGCCCGGAAGUUAUCCAGGCGAGAUUCCGGAUGUCAGACUGAAAUGAACGAUUUAUCUAAUGGAUUAGAUAGCUCACUAAAGAUUAAAGAUUCUAAUUUGGACACCGUUUCUGAGACCGGAAGUAAUGUCCCUCCUGUACCGGAUGUUAAUUCAGUGUCGGUAGGGACUGAGGUGCAAUCGUCGGAAAAAGAGUUUUUGUACUGAAUACUUGAUAUUACAUUAAUAGUUGUUUAAGGUCUAGUCUAAUUCUUUGAUAUUCAUAUUCAAUUAUAAAUUUAAUGUACAGGACAAACGUUAAAUCAUUAAGCUGAAAGGUUUGUUAUAUAUAUAAGCUGUCUUUGUUGAAAGGAUGUGGCUCAGUUUACUUUAAUUUAUGCCCAUAAAUAAUAAUGAAGGCAUUUAUGCAUUUUUAGAUGUUUUUUGCAUAAUUAUUUCCUGUCUGAUACACAAAUGAAGUCAUUUUCUUGUAUGUGAUAUGCAUUUAUCUGCACCAGACUCAAGUAAAAAUAUUACUUCC